AAGUAAUCCAAAACUUUUUCGUUCAUUUUUUCAGGGCAAAAAAUGCAGCCUCAAAAUCUCUCAUUUUCUAAAACCCUAAACCCCUCUUUACUUGUCUUCCCUUUCCCUAAACACAUCCUAUCACCUUCACUUCCCGGCCAAAAGCACCCAUAUUGUGGCAAAAAAUCCGCCAUACUUUGCAUCCAUCAGCGAGACGUCCGGGCCUUUGCUGGAAGGAGCAAGAAGAAACCGGGUGGCCAAUCAUCGGGUCGACUCGAAGGGAACGCGGAGGUAAGGCGCGUGGCGAAGCUAAACGCGCGUCGAAAAUCGAAAAAGCUAGCCGAAUCUCUCUUCUACCGGUUGAAAAACUCGGGAAAAAGAAACCAUGCGGAUAACUUCACGGAAGAAGAGCUGGAGGCAAUCGGACUCGGGUAUGACCGGAUGGUCCGGUUCAUGGAAAAAGACGACCCAAAUUUAAGACACCCUUUUGAUUGGUACAAGUAUGGUGAAUUUGGGCCUUAUUCUUGGCGUGGGGUUGUUGUUGGGGACCCAAUUCGAGGGCGGUUUUCGGAUGAAAGGGUCACAAUUAUAGGAGAAGUGAAGAAUCAUGAGGAAUGGGAAAAGAUAGAGCAGUUCGAGAUGGCUUCAGAGUUUAGGAAAAGGUUGGAAACGAUGGAUAAAAAUGUUGGUUUUAGGUAUUUUUGGGGGUUUGUUAGGCACCCGAAAUGGAGAUUAAAUGAAUUGCCUUGGGAACAAUGGACUUUGGUUAGUGAAGUUGUUGUUGAAGCUAGAAAAAAUGAGAGAUUAGAUAAGUGGAGUUUGAUGGGGAGGUUAGGGAAUAAAGCUAGAUCUUUGAUUACUCAAUGUGCAGCUUGGAUGAGACCGGAUAUCAUUUAUGUUAAGAAGCCGGUAUAUCAAUGUAGGUUUGAGCCUCAAGAUGAGUUUUUUGAGGUGUUGAUGCCGUUUCUUGAUCCGAAAACGGAGGGGGAGUAUUUGUUUGAGGUUAGGGAAGAGGAUGGGAGUGUGGAAAUGUGUAGUUAUUUUGAGGGGUUGUGUAAGAUUGUGAAGGUGAGUCAAAAGGCUUUUGUGGAUGAUGUGGUGAAAGGGUUUGAGAAGUUGAGUGAGGAAGGGAAAUCGCGGUGUUUGGAGUUUUUGUUGAGGAAUCAUCCUGUACCUCUUUUGCAUCCAUAUACAAAGGAGUGGAAGGCUAAGUUGGAGGAGAUGGAGUUGGGUUGUGAUGCACCAGAUGAUGAUGAGGACGAUAGGGGCCGACAUUCUGGUGAGACCCAGUUCACGGAUUGGAUUGAGGAUGAUGGGGGUGAUGAUGAGGAGGAGGACGAUCAAGAUGAUGUGGUUCUGGACAUGGAAGAAGGUGAGGAUGAAGAAUUUGGGACUGAAGAAGAGGAAUCCGAGGAAGAAGAGGAUGGAAAGUACUGGGAGGAAGAGUUUCAGAAGGCCGUAAGCAGCUCAGAAAGGAUGGAAAAAAUUGCAAAACGAAGUGUUGAGAUAACUACAGAGUUCUAUAAGAAGCAGUUGGGGGUAAUGGAAGAUGGAGAUGAAACUGCCCUAAGGGGUAAAAGAGCAAAAGUGAGACCAGAAGAGUGGAAGUAUGCUGGGAUUGGUCCGUGGAGGAGGAGGAUUAAGAAGAGCAAAAUUCCUCCGGAGCUGUUUUUGCGAGCAGCAAUUAGACCAUUCACUUAUAGGAAUCUUGUGAAGGAGAUUGUCUUGACAAGGCAUGCAAUAUUGGAGGGUGAGAUUGGUAGGAAAGAACAAGGCAGUAAAUUUAUGGGAAGAACUUGAGGUAUUUGAAUAUUAUGCAGAUGACCAGACAUCCAUGACAUAUCUGUAUUUGCUGCACCAAGCUUGCAUUUAAUAACUGCUAAAGGAACCUUGAAACCAUUUGUAAAACUAUUGCAAACAUUUGUUGUAGAACAAUUCUGUUCGGAGUAGAGGGAGUCAUGAGCUAGAGUUCAGACAGGUUUUCUAUCUUGUGUUGAAUUUACAUAUUUAAUGGUUAUUAUGUAUUUUAUCCGACCUAUUGCAUUGAUUUUGCUCUGUAGAAUUGCAUUUUGACUCCUCUAUUGAAAUAGCUCCUUUCUGGCCCUGAUUACUGGCGUUUGAUUAUGAAGGGUUUGUGCAGCAACCAGCAACAAUUAUUAAUGCCCUAUAUCCUCCCAGCCAUCUUAAUUGAUCUUGGUGUGCACA